GCGGCCCUGGAGGGGUCUGCCCCGCUCGUGGAGUAUUUCCUGGAGAACCUGCCCGAGGGCUACGGGGCGCAGUGCGCCAACGCACCAGACCACGGCGGCGACUGCCCGCUGCACCUGGCCGCCUACGGCGGCCACCUGCCCGUGGUGCUCUUGCUGGCCCGCGCUGGCGCGGACCAGACGCUGGUCAAUGCUGGCGGGCACACGCCCGUGGACCUGGCACAGGCGGCGCGCAUGUGGGAGGUGUUCAAUUGCCUGGUGGAGCGCGGGCGGAAGGAGGGUGGCGGCGCCGGCCGCGCGGAAACAGGGGCGGCCCCCGCCUCCGGUUCGCUGGGCCAGAACCAGAUCCGUGCGGCGCCCAGCGGCCCU